GUUCUUCCGCUCAACAAUGGCAGCUACGAUUCCCAGUUAGUUUGGGAAGACAAUAAUCAAUAUGAGAAGACGACAGCCACUGGGAAAGGAGUUGAAGAAGGCGGGGAAUGCGGCAGCCCAGGGGGGAGGGAAUGAGUGGGCUGCAGAACCGUGCUAUAGUCUGGGACUAUUGGCACGUUGCUGGGAAGGUGAAUAGCAAUGCGUCUUUCCGGAGACCUUCUCUAUCAAAGUAGUUGUAGUUGUAUAUAGAUAGCAGAUGACACCGAUGAAUAUUGCUUGAUAGACAGUGAAUUGUCUCGAGAUAAGAAAAUCCGACAGGAGCCAGACACAGGCAGAGGGAUGAGAACGAAAGUAGGUAGGUAAAUGGUGGCCGUGGAUGGAUCUGGCACUUUGGUCCCCUGUUUACGCAAGGGCUGUUGAAGGGAGGCGCGGCGUAUUGUAUCCAGAUACGCGGGAAGGCCACAAGCAGCAAUGGAUCAGCGGGGUGAUCACAGCGCAAUUGACAGAAUUGACGGUAAGGAAGGACGCCUGGUACAAUCACAGAAGAAGCACGAUGCGAUACAAAGAAGGAGAACAGGAUAGAAAUCGGAAUCACCACGACGAGCAGCGGACAGAGGGAAGGAAAAGCCGGCAAGAAGAACAAGCAGGCGGUCCCAGAGGUCUGGCCAGUGGGGUGGCGGCAGCAGCAGCAGUUGUCAUGCCCUGCUGCGGGGCGGCCUAGCUGCGCUUAGUGUCUUUAUUCUUGGGACGGUGCUCG